AUGGGUCUUUCCUUGGACGAUAACGAUGUUGUGAUAUUAAAGCAGGGAUGGAUAUAUCGGCAGAAGACAUUCUUUCGAAAAUGGAAGAAAAGUUGGUUGGUGGUAUGUUUAGGCGGUAGCUUGAAAUAUUACAAAGGGAAACAAUCGCCACGUCCACAGAAAACAUUUAAUAUAAAAAACGACUGUAUGACUAUUCGCACAGGAAAAAAGUGUCGCCAUCUUCUGCCACCGAAUAACGUAGACACCGAGUUUCUGAUAGAAAUCAUUCUCACAGGAGAGCGCUCAUUGAAAUUCUGUGCACAUGAUGGCGACAGUUUCAAGAUGUGGCUUAAUGCUCUACAGCGUGCCCAGGCCGACCGGACAUUACCCACACCUAGAUAUGAACGACGCAACCUCCGACCUGAGGAAAUAGAAGAGUUUGAGGAAAAAGGUUGCUGGUAUGCCUGCUUCAGGAAAAACAAAGUUGAAAAUUUAUAA